UUUGUACUGUGUGUGUGUUUGUGUGUAUUUAGGACAGUGAUCUCAGAACAUUGCAGUAUUGUACACAACUUGGGGUGUUCGACAUUUCUCUCCUGCAGCGAAUUGGCCCCUAUUAGCUAAGCAGCAAUGACCCGGUUUGUAUCUGCACGCUCUGCUUCCCUACUCUUAUCUGUUAGGGUCUCCUUGUAACGCUUCUUCCUCUGUCUCUCGACCAUUCUCCCUCAGCCACUCUGUCUUCACAUCUCUCUGCCUUCUCGAUCAUUCUCAUCUGUUCUUCUCAUGCAUCUGAGUUCAUUCUGGUCUCUGUCUCACUGCCUUUCUACUACACGGUGAUUCGGUGUACAGUACCCUCUGUCAUUCUGUGCUGGCAUGGUGCUUGUGCGACUGGGACUGCGUUUUUUGCUGACAUACGCACGUCGAUAAUAUCGCAGGCAGCCCUGUUCUCUCUAGCUCUUCCGUCUCCUGUUACCUGAAGCACCAUGGAGACCAGGCCUGAACUCCUCUCUCGUCUCCACCGCGUCGAUCCCCUCCUCCUCAGGGCACAGUGGUUGUCCUCCGCCUGCCACUCUGCAGGGUCUGUUGACGGGAGUCUGAGCACCGCGACAGCACCGCGUCAGGCUUAGCCCAGCUCCACUGGCGGCUCUUGGCUGCUGAAUGAUCUUUCUCAUGGACUAUUAAGGACGCUUUGCUUACAGGUAGACCUCGAAGCCCAUUAAACGCUCCACGUUAAGUGUAUAUAACGAGCCUACAUGAAAAGGUUUCACACCUGCCCUGCCUAAAGCUGGAAGGUGAGAGCUGGCCAUGAGAAGGCGGACUGUAACAAAGCUGAAGCCUUAUCAGGCCGUCUCGUGUGAAUUAGCCUUGUAUCUGUUCUGUAGUGAGACAGGGCAGCCGCAAGGUCAGUCUGUCCUCGUCCAGCCGUGGCUGCUCUCACAGCAUUACUGAGCCAUAUUAUAAAAGGCUCAUGUACGAAAUGAGGGGGAGAAAAUCCUCUCCGGCCCCUGAACCUUCUUCUAAGCCUUCAGGUGAGUCACGCAUGUCGACGGCGAUGCGUUGUCAGGGUGGGUGGAUGGUUCAAACCGAGCCGACCCCACGUAGCGCGAUCAGCCCACUCACUGGCCCGGCGGUGUGGGAGAGAGGAGAGGAGGCGCGGGGAGGAGAGCAGGAGAGGUGGCCUGCCUGCCUGGCUGGCUGAAGUGUCUUUGUUGCUCCUGCGCUAUUGUCUGUGGGGAGGCGCUGAUGGGCGGGGCUGAGGCAGCACAACAGCCCCUGACAGAGGGCCGUCCACUGUCGCUCCAACCACGGGACACAGCAUCGGCCAAUCAGUGACUCUUAGUUCCCUGACCCCUUUUUAAGUCACACUGUGGUGAUGCGGACCCCCGGCCUGAAACCCCCGAACAUGCACUCACAUAAUGCGCUCCACAGACACCCCCGCCAACCCAUUAACUGAAGUCCAUCAGCUUCUGGUGAGUCUGAUUUAAGGCCGUACCACAUUCUGCUUCCGUGUGCGUGUGCGUGUGCGUGUGCGUGCGCGUGCGUGCGUGCGUGUGUGUGUCACGCUGCCCGCCGGCCCCUCCCACCUCAGCGGUGGUGUCCAGGUGGGUGUGGCCAGCGCGUCUCCAGGUGACAGGGUUGGCUGUGUGUGUCACUACCGUGCCCCUUGGCGCCCCUCCCCUGCCACUGUGUGUUCUGAUCUGUAGGUGGCUACAGGCCUGUGGUACUUUAUUGGGGUCUGUUCUGUCUUCUUCCUUUCGGUCUCUGGCUCUUUCUCUUUAACAGUGUUGUUUUACAUUGCAUGUGUUACCUGGGUAUUACUGGCUCUGUUCUAAUCACAACGCCUUCUCCUUCUCUUCCACCGUGUCCCCUAUCCCGCCCCCUCCAAAACCCCAGGCCCUGAGAGAGAUAUGCAGUGGGCAGCCUCAGACACACACACAACAACUGUGCACAAUCUGUUCUGGCCUCUAACUUGAGAGACAAGAUUGAUUCGUCAGCAUGCUGUUUUACCGUAUGCCAGCUACAUUAGAACAACACCAUAGAGAACCAGAACCAGCUACAUUAGAACAACACCAUAGAGAACCAGAACCAGCUGUAAAACGGUGACACUCCGCCAAUGGUCAAGCAACUUGCUUGGGCGGAGCUCAAACGAUGCUUAUUAUUAUGAAUUAUUCAUUUCCACAGUGUGUGAAGACCGCUGGGAAAUGGCCGAUUUUAAUACUAUGCCAAUGUUUGUGUAUAGAGCAAGCCUCUGAUAAAACUCUUCAUGGCAUAUGGAGCAACUCUCUGUAGAAUGUGUCUUUCCCCAGUCCUCCCAGAGAUGUGCGACAGACAGGAUUUGGACCCAUGGUUACGCGGGAACAAGGGCCACUUAAAUGGAGUUCCAUUAUAGUCAAACCUCAUCGUUUCUUGGGCUGCAUUCAGGUCAAAGGUCGUCAGUCUCCCUCUCACGGUGCUUUGCAACCGCCGACCCCCAUCUAUGUGACCUCACUCUGUCGGCGCUGACAGCCACACGGUGACUCUGGGUCCAGAUGCUGACAUCCUUCACGAGGUGGGUCUGACAGGCAGCCACAGUGCACUAGCUUGCCCUAGGGUUCUGUCGUUCACGUUUCUUGCACUCGUCCGAGACCCACAGCUGCCUCUGAGACUGUCCGCCCUGGCCCUGGAACACUGCUCGCACAAACCGGUAUAGACCUGGGUGGGUCCAGGUAGGCCGUUGCUGCCGUUCAGGCGCCAGGCGUUUCCCGCCGCUAGCACUGAGCGCACAUCGUUUGGGAAAAUGAAUCCCUGGAGGAUAAUCACAGACAAAGGUCAAGUUAGGUCGCUCACUCGUUGCCUUUCCCCGACCUGACCCAGUUAAUGCUGUUCAGCACCAGCUCCCAUCACGGCCAAAAGCAGACAAGCUCAAGAUGUUUCUAAGGUCGUUGACAGAGUAAUGAAUCCACUUAUCCAGGCCGAGACUGCUCAUUUGCAGGGUCAGAAGGAUGACUCCUCAAGACCGGAGCAGAGCCGAGGUCAGGUUACAACUGCUCACUUCGAGACAUUCUCGCAUUCAAAUUAUUUAGCAGACAUUCUUUAUAGAGAGUAGUGAAUGCAAGCAUUUUCACACUAGCACCACUGGACAAUCAAACCCACAACACUUUCCUUGCAAGUGCCCUGCUCAGACUGACCCAUGUAGGACACCCUGACACAAGGUGGUACUAGGGGGCUUGUUUACAUUACUCCAAGAUGUAUUGAAGACAACCCAGGACUCUAGAUUAUUUUGUUCUGUGAACUCGCAAAUAUUGAUAUUUUGAGAUGCCACAUUUCGAGGUAGCGGCGCCACAUUUUGAGUGGAGCCACCUCAGAGGAUUGCAAGUGUGAAUAAACUUGUCAGACCUGUUUGAAGUUUUCAUGCAGCGCGGACUCAUAUGGCUUGAUUUUCCCACUAUUUAUGACAACAAUCUUGAGCGGUAUGUCUAAAACCUGCUGGUGCAGAUUCCAACACAAGGGGAAACUACUGGGCAACCUAAGGUCAGUCUGUUCUCUUGUAGUGUAAACAAGCCCUGAGAGUGCUAGGCCUUUUAUUAGGUGUCUUAUUUAGUUCAGCUUCAGUCCCACGAGGGACAUGCAGCGAUGGUUAUUUCCAUUUAGUCCCAGCUAGCUGAGUGUCUGCAGGGGACAGGGAAUGUGCCAUGAAGACAGAGCACCAAAAUCCAGGAAGCUAGGAAGAGCAUGAUGAGGAAGAGGAGAGUAGGCCUGCGCCCUGCUGCCCCCUGCUCGGACAAACAGAACAGACUUCACCAUACUGCAGGAGAGACCUCACAUACUAUAUAUUAGUCCGCCUAUCUUGGAAGCAUGUGACGUGGCCUUUUAGACCUGACAUAUGUUUGGUGUACGGGAAAGGCCCUUAGAGCGCUUUCAGACUGGAAUUCAUACUGAAAAUAACCUGGGGGUGUAUUUUUGGUUGUUGAAAGAAAUAAAAUAAAAACACCUUAAAAAUUACCAAGAAAUUAGACAUACUUAAGUCGCUCUUUCUUUCUCUCUCUUGCUAGCCCGCUCGCUUCCUGAAAUCAGACAUAAUUAUAUUAAAUUUGACCAAGCUGGGAGAUUUGUAAAAUAUUUCCUAGCCUUGUUUUCUGUUUAACGCGAUUAGCGUGUUUGUUCUGUUAAGUCCUUAAUCCCUGUCUAAAACCUCCCGUAUAAUGCAAGGUGGUUAUGAACCCUAUUGUAAGGCUCACAUACAGCCAGUGUCUACUGCACGCACGCACGCACACACACACACACACACACACACACACACACACACAGCGUCAACAUGACAGUGAUGUUAGUGUGAUGCCCCUGUAUAUCUCCUCUACCCAGGCACUGUGUCUGUGACAGCACAAUGCAGACCCUCUUCCCAACCACCCCUUGUGGAUUGAUCUUGUUUGGAUAACAUUUUCUUUUUAUUUCCUCUUAUAUUAACAGUAACACUCUAGUGAAUUGACUGCCAUGCCUAGUUCGCACAGUUCUGUUUGUAAUGGUGUUUUUCAAAAAAAAAAAAAGACAAUAAAUUGCAGUUGAAAGCGUUAGUGACUGGCCGGUUUCUGACGUUGUGUCACGUGUGACUGUUCUUUUGACAGCCCUGUUUUAAAGCCAGGUUCGUAUGGAAAUGCCUUCACUCAACUUGCACUGCUGUUGGAACUCACCGCCGUUGCUUUUCAUUCGUCCGUCUGUGUGUCUGUCUGUCCCUUCUUUUUAGUGCAUUCAUUCACCCGUUGUUCCGCACGCAGUCUGCGCCUCCUCUCCGCGCCUCCUCUCCGCCCGUCUCACACCGCGCUCUGUGGCUCAUUCCGACCGGCCGAUCAGUCUCAGCCGGUUGGACCGGAGCUUUGGCAACCACGGCGCCCUCCGCCUGAAUUUUGACAGACGCCGCACCAAUUCUGGGCCCGGGUUUCCCCCGGCGAUCAGCUUCUAUUUGACCACCCCCCUUCGGCACUACUAAAUUGCGCAGCCUCCGAGCGGCCUGUGUUUGUGUGUGUGUGGGUAGCUGCCAAACCAUUCCCGCUGCAGUGAGAACAUCUGCAGUAGGGAGGCGCUCACGGCGGCCGUAUCUGCUCUGCAGUGCUGAGAGGAGAAGCUGCAGAGGAUGUCCUCCGGCACAUUGCUCAUUCAUGUCCGCUCCAGCUCUCUGUCCAGCAACCAGCAUGGACGUUUUCUGGGACGACACCAUGUUGGAGGAGAUGUAGCCUCCGGUUAUUCUAAGUACAUGGUGAUCUCUCUAGCAUCCGGAGCGGUAGGGAUUUCUGUGUAAUGGGAGGGAUCCGCCACCCCCAGCCCCCUUUCCCAGGCUGUGUUCACAUGCUCCUUCCUGGAAUUGGACGAGAGAAAUACACAACCAAACAGCUGGGGAGUGGCGCAGUUUACCUUCUCCCUCUGGUAAGGUUAAAAAGCAUAGAUAAUGUGCUUUUGAAUGUGAUAGAUACUUCACAGUCCUGUCUUUUCUCCCCAGUUCAUUCUAAACCAAUUAGGUCAUGAUAUAUUACUUGACGCUAAGCAAACGAGGGGCUGUUUAGUCGGUUCCACUGAUUUGGGUAGAAAAAGCCACAGGGCGCUGAUAAUACCCUGGAAGAGAGGCUGCUGGGCGGAGAUGAAGCGCGUGCUGUGUGUUUGGUGUGACCCUCCACGUGCACUAACCCGCGCUGCCCCAUCACACCACCCACGGCUCUGCCUGCUCCACCCUAACCCUGGCCCCCUGCCCCCCCUCUGUCCAGACGACCUGUCCACUUCAAGGCCAUUCGACCAUCACCUCUCCUCCGUGCUUGAGCCCAUCUCAGACUAAACCCGUGGGUCCACUGGUUGACCCGUGGCCCUGUCCUGUAUAUGCAUCCUGGUAUACAGUCCUCCACUAACCCCGACGUCUCUGCAUGCUGUUUUACUGUUUGGUUUCAGUCCUUCCCACUUGGUUUUUCUGUCUGUGACAUUUGAUUCUGUGAUGAUGAUAAGUCCUACUUUGGGUUGAUUUGAAUGUUUGUUGGUAGGUCUAAGCACCCCUGGUGAAGGGUAGUGGACAAGCUUGGAGUAGCUCUAAUCACAGCUGAGAGACAGCCCUUGUUUUUUUUCUCAUAGAUGUCUUUGUUUCUGUUUGUCUGUGCUUGAUGAUGUACUGUAGUGUGUAGUGGUGCGACGAUCCUGCAUUUCACUGUUUUAUUGCUGACUCAUAGCGAUGUAACAGUCUCUGUCACACACCCGAUGUCCCCCCUCUCCGACACACACUCAACCCCAGGCCUUGUAAUGGUAACCCAAGGCCCACUUACUGCUCUCUCUCUCAUGCUCUCUCUCUCUCUCUCCCCCCCUCUCCUUUUCUCUCUCCUUUUCUCUCGCAGUAUUUCUUUCGCUGCAUACGUUUCGUGGUUCUCCCCUCUGUCUUGGUGGUCACAGCAAGCUUCCGUUGACGCGCCACUCCCAUCCCUCUGUCUUUUAAUUUCUUGGUGUGUCGUAGAUGUCACCCUGUAGCGGUUCAUAUAUGGACGAUACAUAUAUUACCGUCUCCUCCUUCCCCCGCACUUCCCAGUUACCUGGUGUUCUCCGUUAGAGCGACCAGCGCGGUGCAGGAAUGUUCAUUCCCAGUCCGUCUGAUUGAGAGGCUUCAAUCAGCAGCUCUCGUGUGUUUGGCCAGGAUCACUUUAAUUCUAUGAUGCAGCUAUAGAGUUUACACGACAGCACUUAGCGGAGGGUUGAGCCUUCUCAGUCUCCCUUCCUCCCCCACCUCCCUAUGCUGAAAGACACUGAUGUGACAUGGUGUUGGAGCUGAGGAGGAGGAGGAUGGUGAUGAUGAUGGUGAUGAUUGUAAUGGUCAUGAUGAUUUUGAUCAAUCGUGUGUGUGUGUGUGUGUGUAUGUGAGAGACCCGUGGCCACGGGGAAAGCUUUUCUUAUUAUUGGAAUAUUUUUGGUCUUUCUCUCUUCUGUUCUGUCUGUCAGGACAACAUCGGGCACCGUCUGCUUCAGAAACAUGGCUGGAAGCUGGGUCAAGGACUGGGCAAAACCAUGCAGGUCUCGCUCAGGAUCACGAGGAUUUAGGGACAGGACCCAGUCUUUCCAGAACCAGGUGUAGGAAGGAAAAUAUAAUGAGCUGGAUUACAGGGAGGGUGGUGUUGUUAAUGUCAGUACUGUGCCCUUCCCAUAAUGCAUUUAGCCUAGAGCUGAUUUGUCUGAAGUUAGAUUUGGGGGAAAGUGGGGGUUUCUGUUCUAAGGGGAUGGAGAGAGGAUGCACAUCACACACACAUGCAGAAACAAACACACAUGCAGAAACUCAGAAACGCGCGCACACGCAUACUGAGGUUCAUUCAGCCAGUGACAGCUGCUGUUCAUUGUCCUCUAUUAAGAAAUAGUGAUGGUGGAUGGUUCCUCUGUCAAGUGUAGGUUUAACAGUACAAGGUUAAGACCGACAUUUCAUGCAGAAGCAGUCUGAAACAUAUUUUCAUGACAGUAGUGCCACUGCUAGAUUCUUCUGAGUGAGCAUUGAAAGUUUCUGUGGCGGUAAGGAGAAAAGCUAUAAAGUGGCUAGAGAUUAUUCUAAAACAUCUUAAUUCAUAGAUUUAACUUUAUGCAUGACCAACUUUCUAUAUUGUUACCAGUCAUUACAAAUAUGGAAGCCUCUGGUUAAAUAGUGCUGCAAAAUUAAGGGAAAUUAGAAUCCCUCUUGUUUUUACCUAGUAUGUUGAACCUUGUGCCAAGAGUUGUAACAACCAAACUCCAGGGGUGUAUUCGUUCUGCCAAACAAAACUUUUGUUACAAAAUGGUUUUCAUGUGGCGAAACAUUUUGCGCCCGAAAACAUUAACGCCAGAGACCCUCAACGUGAGAUUGUCGAGUUCUCAUUUGCAAGACUGUUUCCUACAGACCAAACAUUUUGCAAACUGUGUUUCGCAGCUAAAAUGCAUUCUUUGGCAUAGUGAAUAGACCCCAGAUCUACUACCCACAUUUUCCACUGAUCAACGGUAAAGUCAGUUUUAAACUCUGUUUUUGACCAUUGAAUUAUGCUUCGAUAUCCUGCUGUAAUUUUCACCUCAGCUUCUCAAAUGGCUUUGCUUCUUAGAUACUAGCCACCUGCCAUAUGGUUUGAUGCGCGUGUUUGCGCACGCGUGUUUGUGGGCGCAUGCGUGUGCUCAUAAGAGAUUGCAGAGUAGCUGAAGUAGUCUCUCUCUACAUACCCUAAUCAUCUAUUUUAUGCCUUCCCUUUGUACCCUUCCUGGUUUUCUCUGUUAACCGGCACCUCAUUUAAAUGAAUGAUUCAUGACCUACAUUACUGGGGUACACUUUCCUUGUUAAUUAACGUCACAUAUUUUCAGACUGCAUGGCAUCGAUGCAUGAUGUUGACGGUUGAGUAAUGUCAGAUGGUGCUUUUAGUUGGCUGGAAAGCUUCAUGUCAGGGUUGAGCAGUGAGAGACCACAGUCAGUGGCUCUGCUGUCCCUCCUCCCUCAGACUCCAAAUGUCCUUGUCCUGCUCAUUAACUCUGCAUCCAUUAACAGAGAAAGACAAUCUUCAGUUUACUCUCACACGCACAUACGCGCCCGCGCGCUGGCAUGUCAUCUGCCUGCGAUGCAGUGCUUAGUGUGAGCUGGGGUUGUGUGCAGGCUCUUGGUCAGGAGGAACGACCUUCAGAGUGUCUUGCAGCAGUUUGGUGUGUGGUGUGCUGAGCUGUUUGCCUGGGAAGGCUGCUGAUGGUGAUGGACUUGGCCCGCCCCCAGCACUGACGGACAGGUGCCGUGCAGGAAGAGGGUGACACGGGCUGGACAGAGCUGUGAUUGUCCGGGCAGGCCUUAUGCCACUUCAUCUCUCUGAUUGGUUCAGCUCCACUCAGCAGAAUGGUCUCAUUGGCUCUGUUUUAGUGGUGCAGAGCCCUGGCUUCUCUUCAAACCUCCUCCCUCUUCCUCUGUCUUUCACUCUCUGCCCAUCUCUCUCUGAUCACCCCCCCCCCCCCAUCUCUGCUUUCUGUGGAGGAUGAUGGAGUACGGUGUUGUUUUCCUUCAGAGUUGAGUUGUUGUAUUGGGCAGGCUGGCUGGUCUAUGCAGUGUAUUGUGAAUUGGUUUAGAGUACUGUAAGCCCAGGAGCCUUAAUCUCACCCAUCCUAGUCUAACAGCUGUACUCAUUUAAAAACAUUGAAGAGCUUGGUUGGUAGUUGAAUGCUAAUUAAUCUUUGUAGUGAUGGGAAGUAAACUUUCAGUGACUGUUAUCAUAAUAAUUCAGUAUGUGGUUUUUUUGUUGCUCAGAGUUGUUGUUUAAAGUGUCUUAAAACACACUUCUUAAAUGUGAUUUCUCAAAUUGUGGGCCAAGAAUGGGAACGUUUUGUCUGGCCAUUUCAAGUGCAGUACCAACUACAAACUGUAAGGACAGUGACAACCCCCACCAACAUACCCCAGACCUCUUUUUACCCCCACCAACAUACCCCAGACCUCUUUUUACCCCCACCAGCAUACCCCAGACCUCUUUUUACCCCCACCAGCAUACCCCAGACCUCUUUUUACCCCCACCAGCAUACCCCAGACCUCUUUUUACCCCCACCAGCAUACCCCAGACCUCUUUUUACCCCCACCAGCAUACCCCAGACCUCUUUUUACCCCCACCAGCAUACCACAGACCUCUUUUUACCCCCACCAGCAUACCCCAGACCUCUAUUUACCCCCACCAGCAUACCCCAGACCUCUUUUUACCCCCACCAGCAUACCCCAGACCUCUUUUUACCCCCAACAGCAUACCCCAGACCUCUAUUUACCCCCAGCUACAUAACCCCAGACCUCUAUUUACCCCCAGCUACAUAACCCCAGACCUCUAUUUACCCACCAGCUACAUAACCCCACACCUCUAUUUACCCACCAGCUACAUAACCCCACACCUCUAUUUACCCCCCAGCUACAUAACCCCACACCUCUAUUUACCCCCCAGCUACAUAACCCCACACCUCUAUUUACCCCCCAGCUACAUAACCCCACACCUCUAUUUACCCCCCAGCUACAUAACCCCACACCUCUAUUUACCCCCCAGCUACAAAUCUUUUUUUUUUCAACCCCUCUGUUAUUUUUGUCUUUUACCUCAUUACCUUUCACACCACCCUAUCCCUACAGACCUAGCAGGAAGCAUCUGGGCUGCAUGACAGCUUGCUAAUGAAAGACAUUCCGUCUGCUUAUUCUCAGACUUCAUCUUCCUAACACACACACACACACACACACACACACACACACACGUUGUUUUCAACUAGAAUACAGACAUUAGAUUCCUCUUUCCUCUCCAAAACACACUACAGGGGACUUGUGCUCUUGUUCUAAUGCCCUAGAAAGGUAAUGAUAAUGAAGAGAUUGUAACAGUGCUUAGUUCACUAGCAUCUUGCUAGGUGCCUAUUCACAUUGAGGGCCUGUUUACGUUAUGCUACAUUUACCGAGACAUAUCGAAGAGACUCGAGACGCCACCCUCUGAGGUAGCGGUCUGUUCUGCACUUGAUAGACUGUCCAGACUGUCACAUUUCUGUGCAAAUAGCUCAAUUUCCCUGCGGUGGUCCUUGAUGGUCACAAUACUGUGUGGUUUGUCUCAAAUGCCAGGUUUAGAUUUAAUGGAAAUGAUUAUGCAACCUAAGAUAAGCGUCUAUCUAGCGUUUCAUUCUCUCUCUCUUGUAAUGUAUACAAGCUCUGGGAGUUUCUUUUAUAUCAACAUGACAUCUGAGCUUGUUUCAUAAAGUUGGCUACCUAGCUUUUAGUGGAAAGUAGUAAAUCAUUUAUGUCGUGUGUGUGUGGAUAUGUAGAGAGGUAUAUUUGAAACCAUAUAUAUGGUUUCACAUCCAUGUAAGCAUACUUUCUAAAUAAUACAAACACAUAAUAGCCUAAAUGUUGGCUAAUUUGCUGGGCGGCAACAGUUUGGUUGGACCCUCUGUGCUUUUGAUCCUUUGUUUGAGUCCUUUGUGUCGUAAUACAGCUCACGCAACUGCAGCUUUGUGGUGUACCCUGCAGUGUCCCCAGGUGAUGUCGAGGCCUGCAUCACCCGGGCGAACUUGCUAUCUGGCGAUUUGAUCCUGCCCAUGUUGUGCUGAUGGUAAACUUAGUGGACGCACUGACCCUGUGCCCAUCAUCCUCAAAUAUGAUGUCAUGGGGAUGGGACGCAUGGAGAUGGAGUUGGAUGUUGCCGAGGAUGCUACAGAGAAGCGGAAAGUGCUGGAGGUGGAGAAGGAAGUCACAGAGGAAUUACAGCAGAAAUACAAGGAUCAGGUGGAGAAGGAGAAGGCCAUUGCCAAAGCCCUGGAGGACCUGAGGGCCAACUUCUACUGUGAGCUGUGUGACAAGCAGUAUCAAAAGCACCAGGAGUUUGACAACCACAUCAAUUCCUAUGACCACGCUCAUAAGCAGAGGCUCAAGGAGCUGAAGCAGAGGGAGUUUGCCAGGAACGUGUCAUCGCGCUCCCGGAAGGGCGGAAAGAAGCAGGAGAAGAUGCUCCGCAGGCUGCAUGAGUUGGCUGAGCAGAGGAAGCAGCAGGACCGUACCCCAGGAAGUGGCCCCAUGUUCAAACCCACCACUGUGGCCGUAGACGGGGAGAAGGGUGAGGACGGGAGCGCUGUAACCGCGGACUACAUUCCCCCGGCAGACUGUGUAAUGGAGGGCUUGUUAGGGGAGGAGAAGAGCGGUGGGGGGCAGGCCUCCCCCAAACCAGCACCCACCAUCAGCUUCUGCCUGGGGAAGAGCAGCUCGUCCCCUAACCCGGCUGUGGCCUCCAAGGUCAGCGUGUCCUUCUCCUUCGCCAAGAAAGCCCCGGUGAAGCUGGAGACAGCCGCCGCAGUGUUCGCUGAUCUCCAUCAGGAUGACAUUGUGGAGGAGGAGGGACAGGAGGAAGGAGGGGAGAAGGCUGCAGCACAGGAGGAGAUGUCAGGCUGCAGCUCCGACAGCCCCAAGGGAGGUGGAGGGGGGAGUGUAGCUGCCGGGCCGGAGGAGGAGAAGCCACAACAGCAUCAGCAGCCACAGCAGCAAGACCAGCCAGAGCAGCAGAAGGAGGACGAUGGAGCCUCGCUGGCCUCUACUCUCAACAAGCUGAAGAUGAUGAUGAGGAAGGAGGAGGGCUGGGCUGGCCAGGAGCCUGAGUACUACCACUACAUCCCGCCAGCGCACUGUCGCGUCAAACCGCACUUCCAGUUCCUGCUCUUCAUGAAGGCCACGGAGCAGUGCGAGAUCAGGGAGCAAGAAGAAGAAGAGGAGGAGGAGGAGGUGGAAGAAGAAGAAGAAGAGGAGGAGGAGGAAGAAGAGAAGACCGAAAGUAAGGUGAAUAUGGUUUCAGAGGAGAUAACGCCAAAAGCUACUAACUGUAAAACAGAGAAAAAUCCUGAGAUGACUCCUGCAGUCCCCGUCACCGAAGCCACUCCCUCAUCACCUAAAGUGAAAACUGAAGUGCCCUCCAUCAUUUCAACAGAGACCGCUCCUUUAACAGCCCCGGCAGCAGUACUAGAACACAAGCAGGAGGGCCCAGUCCCAGAGACUAACUCCGGUCCAAAAAUCCCGUCCUGCCCCUUUUUCCCGGUUCUGAGCAAAGACGAAAGCACCACCCUGCAGUGGCCCUCUGAGCUGCUGGAGUUCACCAAGGUUCAGCCACCCCUCUCCUACAGCUGCAACCCUCUUUACUUCGACUUCAAGCUGUCGCGCAACAAAGGGGCCCGUGCUGGACGACAAGCAAAGUCCUCCAGGCCGACCGCUGAGGGAACCGAUACAGGGGCCAAUCCGGAGGCAGCCGAGGCAGUCACUGAGGGGAUUGCUGUGGCUGACCAGGCCACCACUGUCCCUGGGCCCAGCACUGACAGCACUGAGAAGGACCAGCCCUCCCUGAAAGUACAGGGUGCCCAAGGGGAGACGGAAGAACCAAAGCUGCAGGGUAGCAACAGCGGAGCCAAAAAGAAAAAGAAGAAGAAGAAGAAGAAGAAGCACAAGAAGUCUGGCAAAAGCUCCAAACGCAAAGACAAGGACAAGGGCGUCGUAGUGGACGGGCAGGCGGAAACCGAGAUCCCUGCAGAGAGAACCAAAAAGAAGAAAAAACAUAAACGAAAGAAGAGCAAAAACAAAGGGGAAGAUGAGGAAGCUGGUUGUGGUGAUAAGGAAAAACCAAAAGAGGAGAAAUCAGGAGCUGCAACUAGUGCUUCGGUGGCACCAGCAGGAACAGAACCUGGGAAGCGGAAACGUCCAGCCAAGGAAGAUCCUCCGACGUCUGGGACGGAGGAAGGUGGGACGGGCAAAGGCUCCGACAAGUCCAAGCCCUCUGAUGAGCACAACGGGACCAAACGCCUGAAGACUGAUCCCAGUGCACCGCCCAGCGCCUCCUGCUCCUCCUCUGCCCAGAAGAGCCCUGGCCCGGGCCGCCCGCCUAGCAGUGAGAGCGAGGAGGAGGGAGGAGGCGGCUCCACUUCACGUUCCCGCCGCCGCAGGUCUACCCCGCGGGAGGGCCGCCGGCACCAGAGUGAGGACUCCGGCCGCUCCCGAAGUCACUCGUCGCAUCGGGGAGACAGGCGGGGGAGCAGCCGGCGGCAUCACCGUGGCCAGGCCUCCCGGAGCCAAUCCUACUCCAGCAGCUCAGAGCGCUCCUCCAGUGCCUACAGCCGGCGCAGCCGCAGCUACUCGGACAGCUACAGCGACGACAGCGACGGGGGGCGCGACCGGAGGCACUCCAAGCGCUCCUCCGACUCGGAGUAUGACAGGCGGGGCAGUGGUGGGCGGCGGGGCUCCCGGAGACGCCACUACUCCUCCUCGUCCUCGGAGGACUCGCGUUCGCGCUCCCGCAGCCACAGCCGCAGGAGGAGGCGUCGACGGCGCCACCGCAGCAGCAGCUCCCGAAGCUCCAGCAGCAGGAGCCGGAGCAGCAGUGCCAGGUCGUGGAGGCGCAGUUACAGCCGGAGCUCGGCCAGCCGCUCCUCCAGCUCCACCAAGGGCUCCCCUCACCGGAGCCGGGCGGGCCACAGGGGCCGGGCGGACAGUGCCACUCGCCGCCGGGACUUCAACCGCUCCCGUAUCUACCGCUCGCAGUCACCCCGCUCCGCCUCGUCGCGGUCCCUCAACCGCAACUCGUCUAGCUCCCAGAGCCAGAGGGCAGGGGGGUCUCGGGGAGAAGGAGGAGGAGGAGACCAGAGGAACUCCUCUUCACACUUCACCGCCCGCCAGCUUCUGGAUAAGAUCCAUUCCAAGAAGGGAUCAGAUGUCUCAGCCACAGGGCCCAAGGCUGGCACCAAGAUCAAGGAUCCACCAUCGGGCUACUUUGGGCCCAAACUACCCCCCACUCUCGGCAACAAAUCCAUGCUUCCACUAUUCGGUAAGCUCCAGGCAGGGAAGAAAUACCCGGCGAUCCCACUGACCCGGCCUGAAGAUGGAGAGAAGUCAUCAGCCGGGAAAGGCUCUGAUGCUGGGGGAGAGGUUAUCCUGGUGGAGCCAAUUAGAGAGUUCCCCCCUCCGCCUCCCCCUCCACCUGUCCAGAAGAAGGUGGAGGAGACUGUGGUGAUGGUCCAAGAGGAGGACCCCCAGGUACUUCAUGAGGCGCGGCCCAUGUUCAGUCAGGAGCCCGCCAUGCUGAUGGCGCCGUACCAGGGCGAGCAGGGACAGGACCCCUCCAUGAUGGAGCCCCUCAUUCCCGACAUGCAACAGCAGCAGCCCCCCAUGCACGCCUACCCCAACUACCCCCCGCCCAGCCUGGAGGAGGAGGACAUGGGCAUGGAGGCGGAGGACGACGGCCUGGCCCCGCUGGAGAGUCAGCCCAUCACCUUCACCCCAGAGGAGAUGGAGAAGUACGGCAAGCUUCAGCAGGCCGCCCAGCAGCACAUCCAGCAACAGCUCCUGGCCAAGCAGGUCAAGACCUUCCCCUCCGCCGCCGCCGCGCAGGCUGCGGCUAACAUGGCGGCGGCGGCCGCCGCGAGCCAGCUCCAGCCGGCGCCCCCCCCGCCCCAGCAGCAGAUGAUCCAGAUCCACCAGCACCAGCCUGCUGUGACGGCCGCCUCGGCCACCUCCAUCACCACGGUACAGCACCUCAUACAGCAGCACCACGCCGCCCAGGCUGCCGCCAUGGGCAUCCACCCCCACCACCCCCACCCACAAUUAGCGCAGGUCCACCACAUCCCCCAGCACCACCUCACCCCCAUCUCCCUGUCCCACCUGGGCCACUCCCUUGGCCACUCCCUGGGCCACCAGCUGGGGGUGGGACACGCCGGACUCAUCCCCACCCAUCACACGGCCUUCCUCUCGGGCCAGCCCAUACACAUCAUCCCAGCCUCGGCACUUCACCACCACACCCCCUUAGCCCUCCACCACAUACCACACUCGUCUCUCUACCCAACGCUGUUCGCCCCCCGCCACACCAACGCGGCCGCGGCGGCCGCGCUGCAGCUCCACCCCUUCCUGCACCCCAUCUUCUCAGGGCAGGACCUUCAGCACCCCCCCAACCACGGCUCCUGAGGAGGCGACUCGAUCCAGAGGCAGGUGUCCACAUCCAGAGGCUUAGCCAGAGCAGGCCUGGUUAAACAUCUGAGUAAGGGUGGGGGGGGUGGAGUGACGCCGCGGAGGGCGAUGAUGGGAACGUCAUCGGACUGGCCACCAUUAGAUCGCCGGCCAGACAGAGGUGCUACCUGGCUCUUUGUAUGUACCCCUCCUUGUGCUCGCUGCUGAGUGACAUUCACCCUGAGGAUUCUGGACAGGGUGGGAGGGGGUUAAGUGACCUCCGACAUAAGACGGCAUUUUUUUUUUUUUUUAUGGGUACCCAGGUUAAAAGGUAGAAGAAAAAGAACAGAAACCACUGGAGUAUUUUUUUUGUGUCCCACAGUUUAUAGCUUUGAUUGUUUCCUACAGCCAAAGAGUGGCAACGGCUGAAGCCAUAAGCUGGACGGUGGUGUUGUGGGAAAGAUGACAGGGGGGGGGGGGGGG